AUGAAUGACGCCCUCGUCGAAGCCAUUGUCAACUACAGCCAGCUAUGUCACGAAGCGAAAAAACCUGUGGUAGCAACAUGGCGUCCCUACUUUAUUGAACGAUGUGCUCAUUGGUGUGUCUACAUUGAGACGGAAUUGCUUGCCAUGCCAGACGCUGAAGCCGAAGCUUGUCGACAAAAGGCUAUCGAGCUAUCGUCAACAACGAUCCCAGAGUUAUCAACGCUUAUGGAUGCCUUACGUUCUUUUUGCACCACGCUUCUUGGAAAUGCCUUUGUCAACAACGAGCUCUAUUGGAUGGUGAUGUCGACAUACGAACUAUACAACCCUGACCUUGAUCCAAAAAAGGCCCUUUUGGAUGAUGUCGCCAAUGCAGUAUGUAAACCAGCAACUCUCAAUGUUUUGGAUGCCAUGUUGAUGUAG